UCACGUGCCCCGUGUUAUUGAGGAAUCAAGAAAGCCUUCAGUGAGCGUGUUCUUGGUUGUGUAGGCGUGGUUCCCUCCGUGUAACCCAGCCCCCGUGUGCUGAUUGGCUGUCUUCUGAAAGUGGGCGCGGCCUUCCAGCCUGUGUUUCAGUAUUUGUCAGUCGGGAACGUCCUGUUCUCUACAUUUUAUGGAAGUUACAGAGUGCUGAUCUGCACUAGAUUCCGCAGGCUGACUUUAAGUUCGCUUUUCUAGUGAAACGAACAAAAAAAGCUCACGGAAACCCUCGGAACCUUCCACUAACACCGCGAGAGUUGAGUCCGGGACCGGGACGUCCCCACCGCGCCGCCGGCCGGGCCAUGCCUCGCAGUCUGAUGUUCGACCUGUCCGAGGGAUGGAAUCUGUCCUUCGCCGGCUGCGGCUUUCUGGGGAUCUACCACAUCGGCGUGGCCAGCUGUCUGCUGGAGAAGGCCCCUCACCUGGUCCAGGGAGCCUCCAACAUCUACGGGGCCUCGGCGGGGGCCCUGACCGCCGCGGUGCUCGCCAGCCAGGCGUCCCUCAUCAAAUGCUGUGAGGACGUGAUCAGCGUGGCCAAGGAGGCCCGCAAGAGGAACCUGGGGCCACUGCACCCCUCCUUCAACCUGGUGAAGGUGCUGAAGGCCGGCCUGGAGCGGGACCUCCCGGCCGACGCCCACCUGCGGGUGGCGGGCCGCCUCAGCGUCUCCCUGACCCGCGUGGCCGACGGCGAGAACGUCCUGGUGUCAGACUUCAACUCCAAGGAGGAGCUUAUCCAGGCGUUGGUGUGCAGCUGUUUCAUCCCCAUCUACUGUGGCAUCAUCCCCCCCUUCUUCAGAGGAGUGCGCUACGUGGACGGGGGCAUCAGCGACAACCUGCCCCAGUCGGAACUGAAGAACACCAUCAGCAUCUCCCCGUUCUCCGGCGAGAGCGACAUCUGCCCGCGGGACAAGUCCAGCAGCUUCCACGAGCUGCGCUUCACCAACACCAGCAUCCAGAUGAACCUGGGCAACGCCUACCGGCUCAGCCGCGCCCUAUUCCCCCCCGAACCCAAGGUCUUGGCUGAAACGUGUCAGAGUGGCUACCAAGACGCCCUGCGUUUCCUAGAGAACCACAACCUGCUCACUGUGGAGCGGCCGAGCGCAGGCCCCGCCCCCUCCGAUGCCACGCCCCCCUGCUGCUGUGACAACGCUGAGACCAGGAGUGAGUGGGUGCUGCGCAGGCUCCGCCUCCUUCAGAAGCAGCACUGGUGGUUGGACAAAAAGAUGAUCCUGCCCACGCCAAUCAAGAAAGUGUUCUGUGAGGCCUGCCAGUCCAACCCAGGGAUCUACGCCCAGGUGUCAGAGAUGCUCCCGGUCCGAGUGGCGUCCUUCAUGCUGCUUCCCUACACCCUCCCGGUACACUCUGCCCUGUCCGUCGCCCAGCGGUUCAUGGAAUGGAUCCCUGAGGUUCCCACAGACAUGCGCUGGCUCUACGGCGUGGCAGGAGACGUUUACCGCCAGGCCUGGAAAGGGAUGCCUGCCACCUCCAUGAGCGCGCCCACUCUGAGGCAGUGUCAGCCCGACGACCCGCCCCCCCCUCUGGACAUCGGGGCCCCGCCCCCCGCCCUCUCCACCCAGGACCUCCACAGUACCUACUGGGACACCCAGAACCCCCUGCUCAGCCCCACCAGCCCCGACACCGCCCCCCAGGAGGUCUGCUUCUUCCUCGGCUCCCAGGAGGAGGUCCCACAGGUUGACCCUUGACCCCUGGGGGGCCCUUGUUUGGGCCUCAUGGUUCUACGCCCCGUUGACGGGACACUGGUUCGAUAGGAAUGUUAGUGACAUGAAUCUGUCCCCCCCCCCCCCCCCCCCCCAAGCUCCCCGAACGCGGCUCUGAACAGCGGGGCGGUUUGUGGACUCACCCCUGCCGUGUCCUCCCCCUGUCCCCCUCAUCCGUCCGUCCCCCCCUCCCCUUGUUGUGAUGCAACGACAUGUGCGACCCCUUCCCGGGACCAGCGACGGCCCCACGGAGACCCCCGUCCUCUCGCUAGACCGGCCCUCCCCUCAGCCACUCUGUUUCCCUCACCGUAGAGGUGGCCGUCUCCUUUGCCAAAGUGCAAUUAUUAUAAUUGUUGUUGUUUUUCUGAGAUUGAAUCCUAUUUAUUGUGCAGUGAGUAAGACAGGAAGGUAUGGGAGAGAGAGAGAGGGGAGGACAUGCAGCAAAGGACCGCGGGCAGGAAUGGAACCCGGGUCGCUACGAUCAGGACUGGGUCUUAGUGGUACGUGCUCUACCCCGGUGAUCCAGCAACCCCCUGAAAGUGUUGUUAUUAAAGUGCAAUAAAGUGCUCCGACGCACGCGUUCGAGGCGGAGUUGAACUCUGACCCCGAGCGUGCGUCCCUUCCGAGUUCUCUGGACUGAAUCCCGUUCCGUGACGCCUCUCCUGAGUGCCUUAAUCUGCCUCCCACUUUGAUGGUGUUUCUUUGAGAUGCCGUGUUUUUUUUUUACGAACGCAGUUCAACGCUGUCUAAAUAAAUAAUAAUAAUGACACUUGAAGUUGAGCUAGGGAUGGCGCUGCCAUGGCAGCCGUCCCUAUAGCGAAGGUGUGUUGCAUCGCACGGUUGUUGUGUUUUCGUGGGUGUUGCGUGAUGUGAGUGCGUGGAGGAUCUACGUGACUAUCUCACGGUUUUAUGGAACGUAGUCUGGGUUCAUUCUAUUUACAAAACAAAUACUGGACUAAACCCUUCAAAAACC